GUCUACCUCCGCCUUGGCGCCUAGAGUGUGAGGAGUAGUUUGCGUGCUGGGCUCGGCUGGCUCAGCCUGGCUCGAUCGAGGGGCGCGGAACGGAGCCCAAGCGGCUGAGCUGAGCGGAGCUGAGGGGCCCCGAGGGCGCGGCAGCUUGAAGAGAAGCGGGGGCCGGGCCGGGCUCGCUGGCGGGCGACGGGGGCCAAAGCCUGGCGGAAGCGGCAGCUGAGCGGCCUGGGGGCUGCCCCAGGGCUGGCCGCCUCGAGAGGGCCACGGCGGCCGCGCUCCCCCUUGCCCGGGCCGGCCCCGUAUCCCGGGGCUAGGAUGCGCCCGUUCGUCCCCCGGCACCGGCAGGCAGCUCCCGGCCCGGCCCGCGGCUGAGACACCCCCAACUGUGGCGAGUAUGGCCUCACAGCUGCAGGUAUUCUCCCCUCCAUCAGUAUCUUCGAGUGCCUUCUGCAGUGCCAAGAAACUAAAAGUGGAGCCCACUAGCUGGGAUGUUUCAGGACAGAGUAACGGUGACGAGUAUUACAGUCACAGCAAAAAUCUCCCAGGUGCUCAAGGGCCAACCAGCUCCUCUCACCAGGUAGCAAAUUUCAGCAUCCCUGCUUAUGACCAGAGCCUCCUUCUCCCUGCUCCUUCAGUUGAGCACAUUGUGGUCACAGCAGCAGAUAGCACAGGCAGUGGUGGAACAACAUCGUUCCAAAACAGCCAGGCCCUAACACACAGGGCUAAUAUUGCUUUGCUGGAACCAUAUCAAAAAUGUGGAUUAAAAAGGAAAAGUGAAGAAGUUGACAGCAACGGUAGCGUGCAAAUAAUUGAGGAACAUCCACCUCUCAUGCUGCAAAACAGACCUGCGGUGGGUGCUGCGGCCACUACCACCACUGUAACAACCAAAAGCAGUAGUUCCAGUGGCGAAGGGGAUUACCAGCUGGUCCAGCAUGAAAUCCUUUGUUCCAUGACAAACAGCUAUGAAGUGCUGGAGUUCUUGGGCCGAGGAACCUUUGGGCAGGUGGCAAAAUGCUGGAAGCGGAGCACAAAGGAGAUAGUAGCAAUCAAAAUCCUAAAAAACCACCCUUCCUAUGCCAGGCAGGGGCAGAUUGAAGUGAGUAUCCUUUCCCGGCUGAGUAGUGAGAACGCCGAUGAGUAUAAUUUCGUCCGCUCUUAUGAGUGUUUUCAACACAAAAACCAUACAUGCUUGGUGUUUGAGAUGCUGGAACAAAAUUUGUACGACUUCUUAAAACAAAACAAGUUUAGCCCCCUGCCUCUGAAAUAUAUUCGGCCGAUUUUGCAACAGGUGGCUACUGCCUUGAUGAAACUGAAAAGCCUGGGUCUAAUACAUGCAGACCUAAAGCCUGAAAACAUCAUGCUAGUUGAUCCUGUGCGCCAGCCUUACAGAGUGAAGGUCAUAGACUUUGGCUCUGCUAGUCAUGUGUCGAAAGCUGUGUGUUCUACUUACUUGCAAUCGCGCUAUUAUAGAGCCCCUGAAAUCAUCCUGGGUUUGCCAUUUUGUGAAGCUAUUGAUAUGUGGUCACUGGGCUGUGUGAUUGCUGAACUGUUUCUUGGUUGGCCUCUGUACCCAGGAGCAUCAGAAUAUGAUCAGAUUCGUUACAUUUCACAAACCCAAGGACUUCCAGCAGAGUACCUUCUGAGUGCAGGAACGAAAACAAGCAGGUUUUUUAACAGAGAUCCAAACUUGGGAUACCCACUGUGGAGGCUAAAGACUCCAGAGGAACAUGAGUUGGAGACAGGAAUAAAAUCAAAGGAGGCUCGGAAGUACAUUUUCAACUGUUUGGAUGACAUGGCACAGGUAAAUAUGUCUACAGACUUGGAGGGAACAGACAUGUUGGCAGAGAAGGCUGAUCGAAGGGAAUACAUUGAUUUGUUGAAGAAAAUGUUGACAAUUGAUGCAGAUAAGAGAAUUACUCCGCUGAAAACUUUGAACCAUCCGUUUGUGACAAUGAACCAUCUACUGGAUUUCCCACACAGCAACCAUGUGAAAUCCUGCUUUCAGAACAUGGAGAUAUGCAAGCGAAGAGUUAAUAUGUAUGACACAGUUAAUCAAAUAAAGAGCCCAUUCACAACACAUGUUGCACCAAACACAAGCACAAAUCUCACCAUGAGUUUCAACAACCAACUCAAUACUAUGCACCAUCAGGCUAGUGUUUUGGCUUCUAAUUCUACAGCUGCUGCUACUCUGUCUCUGGCAAAUUCAGAUGUUUCAUUGCUGAAUUAUCAGUCUGCUCUGUACCCAUCAUCUGCAGCACCAGUUGCUGGUGUGGCACAGCAGAGUGUUUCCUUACAGCCUGGAACCACACAGAUCUGUACCCAAACUGACCCAUUUCAGCAAACCUUCAUUGUGUGUCCUCCUGCUUUUCAAACUGGUCUUCAGGCAACUACAAAGCAUUCUGGGUUCCCUGUAAGGAUGGACAACGCUGUUCCAAUUGUGCCACAGGCACCAGCAGCUCAGCCAUUGCAGAUCCAGUCAGGAGUUCUCACGCAGGGAAGCUGUACACCACUAAUGGUAGCAACUCUUCAUCCUCAAGUAGCCACCAUCACGCCGCAGUAUGCGGUGCCUUUUACUCUGAACUGCGCAGCCGGCCGGCCAGCGCUAGUAGAACAGACGGCUGCAGUACUGCAGGCCUGGCCUGGAGGCACCCAGCAGAUCUUACUGCCUUCUACUUGGCAACAGCUUCCAGGGGUUGCACUGCACAAUUCUGUUCAGCCUACAGCUGUGAUUCCAGAAACAAUUGGAAGCAACCAGCAGUUGGCUGACUGGAGAAAUGCCCAUUCACAUGGAAACCAGUACAGCACGAUCAUGCAGCAGCCGUCUUUGCUGACCAACCAUGUGACUCUGGCUACAACCCAGCCUUUGAAUGUUGGAGUGGCUCAUGUUGUGAGGCCGCAGCAAAAUAAUACUGUGACAGUAAAGAAGAACAAACAGCCAUCCCAUAGUGCCACAAAACCUGCAUCUACAGUAGAGGCUAUUCCAUCUCAAGUCUACUCUCUAAUUGGGAGCAGCCCUCUGCGUGCCACAUCUUCCUCCUCUAAUGCUUUCCUUCCAGGGCAGGAACAGCAUCAGCCCAUUGUCAUUCCAGACACUCCCAGCCCACCAGUCAGUGUAAUCACCAUCCGCAGUGACACUGAUGAAGAGGAGGACAACAAAUACAAGCCUGGAAGCUUGGGCAUGAAGCAGAGAUCCAACGUCAUCAGCUACGUUACAGUUAAUGACUCUCCUGAUUCAGACUCCUCAUUGAAUAGCCCCUAUGUACCAGAUGCACUUUCCACACUCAGGAGCUCUGGGGCAGCACUAGAACAAAGCAGAGGGGCAGGUGAAAUUUCCAGCUCCCGCACCAUUAUUGUGCCUCUCAAAACACAGCUCAGUGACUGUAUUGUAGCCACCCAGGCUUCAGGUGUCCUGAGUAGCCUGAACAAGACCAAGCCAGUGGCAUCUGUAAGUGGACAAACAUCAGGGUGCUGUAUCACGCCAACAGGAUACCGGCAACACCGGGUGGUGACAAAUGGUGUACAGCCUCUUAACCUUAGCCAGAACCAGCAAGCACCUGUUCUGGCCUCACAAGAGAGAAGUGGAAACCCAGCUCCACGGAGACAGCAGGCCUACGUUGCUCCCCUGCCAACAACACUAGCUCAGGCUCCCUACACGUUCCAGCAUAGUAGCCCAGUGCAUCCUCACUUGGCAGCAGCAACGGCAAGCCAGCCACACAUGUACACCUACGCACCUACUACUGCUGCCACGCUGGGCUCCACCAACUCCAUUGCGCAUCUCUUUUCCCCUCAGGGCUCCUCCAGGCACACCACGUAUACAACCCAUCCGAGCACUCUUGUGCACCAGGUCCCAGUCAGUGUGGGACCCAGUUUGCUAACCUCUGCCAAUGUAGCACCUGCUCAAUAUCAACAUCAGUUUGCCACCCAGUCCUAUAUCGGUGCUUCCAGAGGAUCUGCUAUUUACACUGGAUACCCUCUGAGCCCUACCAAGAUUAAUCAGUACUCUUACUUAUAGUUCUUGGGCAGGGAUUAAUGGCAAUUGUUCCCUACUUGAUCACAGAAAUGAAGAGAUCCACAGUGGGUUUUGCAAUAUUCUAACAGCUCUACAACAGGAAUGUCUGCAGAAUCAAAAACGAAACGGGACCACCUCCCUCUUGUUGACACUUCUCAUUAUGCUCUCCAGAGUCUGAUUGUCACUUGGUGGAGCCCUGCUUUUUGGAGAAAGCUCAGGUAAUGACUGGGCAGAACAUUUUGAAUCACAUUCACAUUAAGAUUUUACAGUUAACUUUUAUGGAUGUUUUAGAAAAACCAACAACAAAGCCUGAAUCCCAUUUAUUUAAAGCUUAUUGUUAUGUUAAUUGAAGGAGGGGGAGAAAAUCAAAGACUUUGUGAAAAGGCUGGUUUUUUUAACUCUUAAACUUACCUAGUACUUGUUUAAAUUAUUUUAGCAGCUUGCACAAAUCCAUAUUGCCACUAAAAAUGCACAUUUAACUCUAGGUUGCUAGGGCAGAUUUAUAAACUUCAGUUAGUGUUUUAAAGUUAAUUCUGUAACUUACAUUCUUGAUAGGCAAUACCUGAAUUCUGCAAAAGAAGUUCUCUCCCUUUCUCUCUGUGUAUAUUAUAUAUCUAUAUCUAUAUAUAUUGCUCCAGUUUCUUUGUUUUAAUUAUCUUUUGUUUUGUUCAAAGUUAGUGUAGCAAAUUUUUUAUUCUCAGUUCCCAUUACACCAUGAAUUUUUUCUUCCUUUUCAAAAUUUAAUGUAUGAAUCUCCAAAAUAAAGUUGAGAGUUUUAAAAAAAAUAAUUACAGCAGGCAUGAAUUUGCUUUCUGUUGUAUGUUAGAUUAGUUUAUAAUAUGGGUUGACUGUUUUGCCAGAAAGCUUGUGUUCUCAGCUGAAAAUACAUAGGUUUGCAUUACUGCUUGACAGCAGAUUCUGUUGGGAACUUCUUGAUAAGGUCUUGCUGAAAUGAAUAAGAGAUAUGCAUCACCUUUUCAUUUCCAGAUUUCAUCAGGAGCUCAAAAAGCAAGUUAUACCUUUUCAGUUUUAAUUUUUUUAAUAGCAUUUGGAGCUGGAUUCCUUUCCGAGAAAUACAGGGGCCUCUGCCGUUCCUCGCCUGAUAAAUUUAGCUGAGGAAUCCAAAAUUCACCAUAACAUCAACCUACUGAUAUGUACAACUUUUUAUACUCCUGCAAGCAUAUCCCUCUGGGAUCUUCUUGGCAGAAAACUUUAAAGCGCUCUUAUUAAGACUUGUAUACAGUAAGUGCAUGUAGGAAUUGCAAAAACAUGACACACAAAUUGCAGAUUUUAAAGGUUUAUUACUGAAUUUAAAACUAUUUUAGAAGUUUUGUAAUGGUGGUGUUUUAAUAUUUUACAGAAAAUGAAAUAUGUACAUAUUGAUUAGAACAAAAUAUAACAAGCAAAAUUUCCUGCUAAUCCCAAAUGUUCAGUCUUUGUAAUCAAAAUGUGUAGUGAUUAUACUUGAACUCUGUACUUAGUGUUUGUCUAACUCUUAAAUGUUUCUGGGGAUAAUAUUGAUCUCUUCCUUUGUAUUUAAACCAAAAUGAGUUGAUACAUGUUGGAAUGUAUGUGAAAUAAUGCAAUCGUCUAGAGCUCAUCACUGUAGCACUGAGAGAAAAAAUGGAGCCGCAUGAGAGGCAAGGAUACCUUCUGAUUGUUUUGCACAGGUAUGUGUGACUGGUGUGUCCCCAUCCCCCCCCAAAUAUUGUAGUGCCUUAAAUGAUUAUGUAGUGUGACUAGAGUUUACAGUGAGCUUGCCUUAUAAUGGACCAGCAAGCCCCUCCGCUCUCCGUCAAACUGAAGCAAUUCGUUGAUCAUAUCCAACAGAGGAUACAAAUAACUGGCAAAAACAUGUUGCUUUAAGUUUCAGUGCUAACAUAAAGGGAGCUGUGGGCAUGAUCCAGCCAAAUUUAAGUAUUUCUUAAUGUCCAUUGAUUUCAGUUAGAAAGUUAAGGGCAUGCUUAACAAUCCCUUUGAAAUGGAUGGCCUCAAUUCAAACAUCAAACAGAACCAUAGUUUGUGCUAACUAUAGUUUUAAAACAAAACUAUGGUGCAGAGCUGCUUGGCUGCUUUUGUUUUCCGUCCUGAGAUUCAUUAGUUCUCUCCUUCAUUGUAUAGCAGUCUCAGGAGGCAGAGGGAUGACUGUAACUAUUUGUCAAUUCAGACAUCACUGCAAACCAUAGUUUACAAAGCUACUUCAAAGCAUAGUUUCUGAUUCUCUGGUUUACUGACCGAUUGGAAACCGUGAGUUGUCUGUUCAUACAUCUUGCCAAACUGUUAACUAUGGUUUUGCUUGAUGUCUAAAUUGAGCCAGUGAGACUUAAAGAUGCUUCAGUUUAGCUGGAUUGUGUCCAAGGUGUUUUAUUUGGAGUAAAGCUUCCCCCCCCCAAAAAAAUAUUGCCUAUACUGUUACUUGUUGAUGCAUCUUUAAUAGGGUAUUGUGCUGGGAAUGCAUUGGAAAUUUAUCUGAUAUUGCAGAGGUAAUUAAGCAUGUGCAAUUACUUUUCCUUAAAUUAUAGGGACAUAUUUGUGACAUAUUUUCCCCCAUGUGCAUAGCAGAAUAUUUCUUGUAAAAUAUUACUAGUUUGGUGUUAAAGACCUAUAUACCAAAGAGAGCCUGCUGGAAAGCACAUAAUAUUCUGAAGGUUUUUUUUAACACCACUAGUAAUGUGGCGCUUUGGGGAAGAUUUGAGAGCUGUAGCACUUGGAGUUGUGAGGAAAUGCACAUUGGAACUGGCCUGCUGAUAGUGUGCACCCUUGAUUUCCUGGGUUCUGUCAAACUACUGUUCAUUUCACCACUGCCAUUAUAUAGAGAAUGAUUUUGUCCAAAGGGAGAAUAAACUGGCUUGGAUAGUGGUAUUGCUACAGCAAUAAAAGGCUUUGACAGCCUUGAAAACCCAGUUUGUAUUCUGUCCGGUCUGUAUCGCAAGGUUAGUUUUGGUACAUUACAAAGAAUUCAGAAAUGAAGAGCCCAUUUCUGAAACUUGCAUGAUAGCGUGUUAUAGCCUAGCCCUGAUGUGAACAGCUUGUAUGAUGACAUAGGGCAAUAACCCUGACCCCACUGAAGUCAGAAGAGGCUGCACUAGUAAUUUCAGUGAGGCCAAGAUUUCAGUAAUCUUUAAAGCCACUUAUCCCAAAUAGGACUAAGUGGUUUGUGGACCGCAAGCCUUACAGUUUCCUUUAUAAUGAGGAAUCUUGUUUUUGGCAAUAGGGGAGAGUGGUUGGUUAACACCGUGACUAGCUGUGAACCUUUUACCUGUACUCUUGCUCUCAGUUGUUUUAAUCUUUUCCUCUGUAUUGAUGUGAAGAUAACCAAGGCAUUUCAGUUCUUUACAUCAUAGGUGUCAACAAUGCUUUCUGUUGCUGUGACAUUAUCAAAAUGGUUUCUUGCAUAGUGCCAAGCACAUUUUUAAUUUUUCCUUCCCAAAUUCUAUGGCAAGACCUUUAAGGGCAGAGUUGUGCCUUUCCACCCAAAGAGAAAAAUUCCAAAUCCACCUCAGAGAAAUCCUGAAAGUAUUUUUUUACCCAGUUUUAUAACAACUAGGGCAUUUCCAGUAUAAACAAGACUUCCAAGUUAAUCCUUUGGGAUACAAAUUCAAAGUAUUGGUCUAAAACCUAUGCCCAUCAGAGAGGUUUGAUUCUCUUGGCAUUUUGAGCCCAAACCAAUUCACCCCUCCUGAGUCAACCAUCGCUCAAUAGGAUAGGAAGUGUUUGUCCAAGAUGCAAAAUGUUUACUUAAAGAAGGAAUGGGGAACCUGUGGCCUUACAGAUGUUGUUGGGCUACAACUCUCAUCUCAGACUAUGGACAUGCUGGCUGGGACUGAUGGAAGCUGGAGUUCAACAACAUAUGGAGGGCCACAGAUUCCCUGUUCCUUAGUACAAUUAGAGCCCAUCAGUGUUAAAUGAUAAGAACCAUUUCUAAAAGGUUGUCUAGAUUCUGACCAUCAUGAUUUGCCUCAAGAGAUCAGAUAGGUCUUGUUCUCAGAAAGAGCAGAUGUGUUGGCAACCCUGUGCCUGGACUGUUAUUAUUUCAGGUGAGGGUGCAUGUGAGAAAUGUCUGCCAUCUCUCCCUCACCCAUCAACAUAAGUCCCUGCACAUAGAAAAUAAAUAUGUCUGCCUUACUAGAAUCCUUUUCCCUGGGUGCAGAAAACGUAGUAUGGUGAAAGACUGGCUUUGUGUUACAAUCUUGGCACUUCACCUGCUGUUUGUGAGAACCAGGUCAUAGGUGCAUCCUUUUCCCCCAGUGCAAUAUCCAGCUUCCCUCACUGUGGAUGGAGAAAUGUAGGACAAUAGGUAGCCUCACAGCUGUGCAGCCUAUAUGUAAACUAACAUACUAUUUUAAGGGGAAAAAACAUACUAAAAUAUUCCUUUCUGGAAUCCCCAAGUUGAGGCUGCAUUUUUGCACACAGCUGAAUAUGUGUGAAAGUCCUGUUGAAAUCUGUGGGACUGGCAUAUGUGUAACUGUGUUCAGUUUUGCAGCCUGAGGUGGGGUUGGGGUGCCCUCCCCAGUAAACGUUUUUUGUAAUGACAAGAUGCAAUGUUUCAGCUCAUCUUAAGAUUAGUUAAAUCAAGUUCUUUCCUGAUAGCUGAACUUUCAUCUCACAUCUAUUGAUACUCCAAUGCAAAAGCAACUUCAGAGCUUUACUGUUUAGCACAUAGUUGACCAGUGCAGCACUAUACCUCUGACUUGGUUUAAAAAAAACCAACAGCAACAAAAAAUGAAAUUAAAUUGCUUCUAGGUUAUCGGAUUGGCACAGCUCUGCUUUUUCAUUUUCAUUUUUAACUUAUGAAUGGUGCUGCAUGUUGACAUAGUUGUUUGUUGCGAAACUUUAUAUAAUGUGUGGUUUCAGAUUCAGCUUGAACUAUUAUCUAACUCACUACAUGUAGCAGUGCAUUAUAUGUAAUGUUAGUAUUUCUGCUUGAAUCCUUGAUAUUGCAAUGGAAUUCCUACUUUAUUAAAUGUUUGAUAUGCUAGUUUACUGUGUAGAAUUUAACUUUUUUCUGGUUGUGCUCUUCCUUUUUACAAGCCGCUAGACAAAGGUAGUUUCUGACAAUUACUGAUCUAUGUUUGUAUUGCCAACGUACUUAGGGGGUAAUGUAAAAAUCAUUUUAACAAAAGGAAAUACAGAUAUUUAAAAAAAAUUUAAUACUAACUAUAUGGGAAAAGGGUCCAUUGUGAAAACAUAGUUUAUCUUUGGAUUCAAUGUUUGUCUUUGGUUUUACAAAGUAGCUUGUAUUUUAAGUAUUUUCUACAUAAUAUGGUAAAAAUGUAGAACAAUUGCAAUGCAUCAAUAAAAAGGGUUAAUUUUCUGUACUCUA